GUUUAUUGGGAAAGUUUGAAAAAAUGUUCAAGCCGUACGAUCGUUUGGUGUACUGGAUGGGUCCGAUACCAAUAUUGGUAUUGAAAAAAUGUGAAGAUAUUGCGGUGAGUGGUGCAAAUUUUUCAACCAAAAACUAGAGAACAUUUCCAAAUAUGGUUUACAAGGGUCGUUCUGAGCUGCCAGCCUCCGAUUUGUGGAAGAGUAUUUAUGAUAGCGUAUCCCAUGCUACCCCCCCCACUCCAACCGAAUUUUUCAAUUUUUAGUCAUUUUAAUGCUUUUGCAACCGUUUUCGCAUAAUUUUUACAAAAUUUUAAUACUUUAUUAAGCAUUUUUGGUGAAUUCUACAGAAAUGUCAUCAUUUUUUAUGUUUUGUAACAAUGGGAAGGUCAAGACACUUGAGGUUAAUGACCCCGAUUUUCUCCAAAUUUUGUUGAAAUCUAUGAAAACUUCAAAUCAUUGUGUAAGGUAAUCCACCAUCCCCCCCCCCUAAAAGAAAAAAAUCAUCAAUGAAAAAUUGAUUGAUGCAUAAAAUUUGUUCAUUUAAUUUUUAUAUAAAAUCAUAAAACGAUCUUACACCAAACAUCAACAAAUUAAUUUGGUUAUUUUGUAUAAUUUGCUACUCAUCUAACGUCUAAUCGUCUCGUAUGUAGUAAAACAUUAGGUAGUCAGAAGUGGUUUUUUGGCGAGGAAAGGGGGAUUCAAAUUUUUUUUCAAAUUGCCUAUCAAGAGUAACGCGGAAAACUUUUCAACAGACAGUCCUCAAUCAAAGUAUCGAUCGUGAAGACCUCGGCAUUAUGACAGAAUGGCUUGGAAUGGGAAUGCUUAAUGCUAAACGUAAGAAAAUCACUUUUGGUAUUAGACUAACAAGGGAACCACUUGAGGUGUCACACUCAGAUUUCAACGGGACCGCGCGAUUUUUGGAUUGAGAAUAGUCAAAAACUCCCAAAACAAAAUUUUCAGCUGUCCAAGUUCAUUUUUCGAUUUUGGCGAAUUUCUGAAAAUUUGAAAUUGACUAUUUUUGACGAUUUGGGUAAUUCUCAAAAAAAGUUUAAAAACCAUGUAACAGGUGGUUUACUUAAAUACUUACUAUUGACAAUUGAAAUUUUUUUCAGUGGUAUUGUGUAGAUACCAACUCGGGCAUCACGUGCAUAUAGUUUAACGACCCCCAACCCCCCUCCACUAUGGGUCAAGUCCCCCCAAACCCUGAAAACUCCAUCGUCGUGGCCUGUAACCACUUAAAUUUUUCAACUUCAUCUUCAAAAAUGAAUUACACUAUCACUUUUUCUGAAAAAAAAAAAAAAAAAAUGGUACAUAUUAUUAUAUGAUAUGAGAGUAAAUGACAGAACUGAUAUAAAUUUUUGGAAUGAUACUUAUACCCUGAAACCGAGGUCAUAAAGUGAUGUAACCAGUUUUUUGUCCAUCGCCGUGGCCAAUUUUUGUUUAUUUUUUCCUGGCUCUCCUAUUCGACUUUUUUUGUGGUGAAAUGGCCACACUGUAUUGUUUCAGUGAUAGCAGUACAGUGUCCAUUUCACAACCGUCAAUCAAAUACAGUAACCCAUUCUCCGAAUGGUAAUCUGUAAAAAUUGUACAGAUUACCAUUUUUCAGAUCCAUCACCGUGGCUUAUCAUUCUCACGUUUAAAAGAGCCAUUUUUUUCUUGAAAAAAAAAAAAAUAUUCAAAUAGUAAGUACUUGAUGACCACAACUUUGAAAAUUGAAAAAUUAUUGAUUCAACAAAUUUUAGUUCUUUUUUUCUUUCAUCGUGGAUAGUACAGUUUGGUAUUUCGUCGUGGCUAUCAGGAUUUUUUUGUCCACGGCGAAGGAAAGUACCUACCUUAUCAUGUUUGAAUACUCCCAUUAAAAUGUACCUGGUACCUACUUGUGACCGUCCGCGAUAAAACCAACCAUCCGUCGCAAAAAAUCGAAAAAUGAACUUGGACAGCUGAAAAUUUGGUUUUGGGGGGUUUUAGACAUUGUUCUUUCCAAAAAUCGCGGUCUUGUUCAAAUCGGAGUAUGUCACCGCAAGAGGUAUAGAUACGAUGAAUUCACUAAUAAUGAAUGAACAAUUUCGUCGCACUUAUGACUGAGCUGAGCAAACAUUUCUGUAGCCGAAGAAUGGAAAAAAUCCAGAAGAGUUUUAGCGCCUGCAUUUAGUUCGGAUAUGCUGUCUAAAUACGCGGAAAAGUUCGAUAAAACUGCAUCAGAUCUCGUCGAAAAGUUCAGACCAGCUGCGAAUAGCGGCGAAGAGAUAGAUGUCUUGCACUAUUUGAAGAAUGCUAAUUUAGAGGCUAUCGUAGGUAAAAAAUUACAUAUCGGUACCUGAGAUAUGAGACGUGUAAUGGGGCACUUCAGCUGUUGCUGGGACUGUUGAGUGUUAGUACUGAAUUCUCUAAAAUUUUAUGUCUAUAAUAUGUAGAAGCCGCCUUAGGCGUAUCGAUCCAAAGCUGUGGAAAAGAAGGAGAAAACUUUGGCAAUUCUGUAAUGGAAGCCAUGAAACAAGGAGCGAUGCGUAUCCAAUACCCUUGGCUAAUUCCACAUCAAUCAUAUUUACAUGAUCUACUUGAAGUUUACUGGGAAAACUAAAGAUAUCGAACAUUUACAGUAUCUGCCCACCAAGAUAUUAAGACAGAAAAUGAUUAAUAUUCGAGACUCGCCAGGUGACAAUGAUUCGAGCGACAAAGCCAAUUCAUCAAAAUCAAUCAUCGAUUUACUCAUUUGUAAAAGUGCAACAGAACCAGGUUUUAAUGAAAUACGUAUAAGAGACGAAUUGCUAUUGGUGAUUGCUGCAGGAGGAGAAAUGGCAGCACUGACUAUAAGCUUCGCUAUGCUGAUGUUUGCUAUCCAUCAAGAUAUUCAGCAAAAAGUAUACGAAGAGAUCCAACAACUUACAACCGACUACGUUGAACUUACUGAGGAUCACUGGACCAAUCAUUUAAAAUACUUGGAACAAUGUGUCAAAGAAACAAUGAGAAUGUUUAGUCCAGUAAUGGUAACUAGCAGACGCACUCAUAAAGAAAUCAAAUUGAAAGACAACACGAUUGUCCCAGCAAAUGUAUUUGUCGCUGGGUUCAUACAUUUUGCCAAUUACGAUCCUGAAUUAUACAAAAAUCCGGAAAAAUUCGAUCCAGAAAAUUUCAGCGAUCAGGCUAUCAAGGAACGGCCCAGUUGCAGCCAACUAAACUUUGGUUUUGGACCAAGAUCUUGCAUAGGACCCAAGUUUGCGAUGAUGUCUAUCAAAGCACAAAUCACCUACAUCUUGCGCAGUUAUCAUUUAUCAAGCAGCAUCAAACAAUUCACAAAGGAGGACUUGAAAACGGACCUUAGUAUCAGAAGUAAGAUAGGUUAUCCUAUCAAAUUCACAAGCAGAUGAGAAGUGAAGCGAUGAGAAUUGAAUGCUUAGAAGAGAAUGAUCGACCCAGGGACUUGUUUGUAAAUUUUUAAACGUGUGAUUCGUUGUACCAUAAAUUACAAACAUGGCGGUGAAUCGAAUGUUUUACUUCAUGAACAGAUUGAAACAUGAAUGUGAAAAUCUCCAAUAAAACAUUAUCAAUAUUA